AGGCGCAGACGGUGUGGUCGUUGUGGCGGUGGCUGCACGAGGGGAGUGUGGUGGGGUUGGCGGUGUUUCCGUUGUCCCUGAGGGAAACUGUGUGUCCCACGAAGCAGGUAUUUGAGACUGUUCUCAAGGUCUUCUGGGUUGGAGGGGUCGUCUGUUUGGGCCUGUGAGGGGUUGAGGUGUGAGGGCUGGGGAUUGAGGCCUGUAGGGAUGGGAGUCGGCUGUGUCUGACAGGAUUUAGGGCGGAAGGGGCUGUGGGGCCGAGUCUGUGUGAUAGGUGAGGGCCGAGGGGGAGAUGUGGAGCCUCAUCUGUGGGGCAGAGCUCUGUGUGUGAGUGUGGUGUGGUCGGGGGAGCUGUGGGACUGUGUGUGUAAGUAUGGGGAGCUGCUGACCUCAGAGGUGCUGCAGGAGGGUGCAAUGCAGGGAAAGGUGGUGCAGGAAUGGGAAGGAAAGUAGAGGUGUCUGCUUAGGGCUGUACUUAUCAGCAUGAGAAGUCUCAAAGCUCAAAUUAUAGGAAAUGUACCAUACAGCUUAUUCUCAUAUAAUUCUGCCACUAAGCAUGGUCCUGUGUCACCUUUGAGUCAUAGCAGUAAACAGCAAGUAAUGUGAUUUCUGGGGAAGCAAUGUUCAGUUCAUAGAAUCAUUUGUGUUGGAAGGGAUCUUUAAAGGCCAUCUAGUCCAACUUCCCUGCAAUAAACAGCGAUACCUACAGCAAGGUCCCACAGUGACUAUGGACAACUUGUAUCAGUGCAUUUACCAUAGAACGGCUUGGGUUGGAAAGGAUCUUAAAGCUUGUCCAGUUCCCACUCCCUGCCAUGGGCUGGUUGCCACCCACUCAAUCAGGCACCAGAUCAGGGCCCAACCAACCUGGCCUUGAGCAGUGUUGAGGCGCCCAGUCCUUUGGAUCAUGACACCAGAGCAGAGUCCAGCCACUUCCCUCAUCGACAGGACCAUCAAGAUGAGAAAAGAAACAGAAGCCCGGAAGGUGGUCUUGGCCUGGGGCCUCCUUAACGUGUCAUUUGCAGGCAUGAUAUAUACUGAAAUGACUGGAAAACUCAUAAGCACAUAUUACAAUAUAACAUACUGGCCACUCUGGUAUAUCGAACUUGCAUUCGCAUCUCUGUUCAGCCUGAAUGCUUUGUUUGAUUUCUGGAGGUACUUCAAAUACACGGUGGCACCAACGAGUUUGGUUAUGAGUCCUGGACAGCAGACCCUGCUGGGGCUGCAGAACACAGCGGUACAGACAACUCCACCACGUGAGCUGACAGCAAAGAAAGUCCCUUCUUCAACACCUUCUCCUCCAAUCCAGGGUCAAAGUGUGCUGAGUUACAGCCCAUCCCGCUCUCCUAGUGCCAGUCCAAAGUUUGCCACCAGUUGUAUCCCAGGGUACAGCCCUCAGCUGCAGGCUCUGUCAAACAACAGUGCUUCUUACAGCAGUACGAUCGCCUAUUCACCGGGCAGCACCUACAAUAAGAUUUCCAACUUCAGCCCCUCUCCUGGUGGAUCGCCGUACCCCACAAGCAUUGGACCAAUGGAAAGUGGUGGGCUGAGGUCUCGUUACCGCUCUUCACCCAUUCUCUAUAAUUCUCCUACUGGCAAAGAAGACUACAUGACAGACCUCAAGUCAUUGGAUACCUUCCUUCGAAGUGAAGAAGAGAAGCAGCAUCGAGUUCAGUUGGGAAGUUCAGAUUCCAGCUCUCCUUCCAGCAGCCCAACCUUUUGGAACUACAGCCGUUCCAUGGGAGACUAUGCACAGAUUCUGAGGAAGUUCCAGUAUCAGCUGGCUUGCAGGUCUCAGGCUCCAUCAGCACACAAAGAUGAAGCUGAUCUGAGCUCAAAGCAGGCUGCAGAAGAGGUGUGGGCACGAGUGACGAUGAAUCGACAGCUACUUGAUCACAUGGACUCCUGGACUGCAAAGUUCAGAAAUUGGAUUAAUGAAACUAUUCUGGUGCCACUUGUCCAAGAGAUUGAGUCUGUGAGCACUCAGCUGAGAAGAAUGGGGUGUCCAGAACUGCAGAUUGGAGAAGCCAGCAUCAGCAGCCUGAAGCAGGCAGCGCUCGUGAAAGCUCCACUCAUUCCAACCCUGAAUGCUAUAGUGCAAUAUUUGGAUCUUACACCAAACCAGGAAUAUUUGGUCGAAAGGAUCAAAGAGCUUUCUCAGGGAGGAUGCAUGAGUUCCUUCCGAUGGAACCGAGGAGGAGAUUUCAAAGGCCGUAAGUGGGACACCGACCUGCCCACGGACUCUUCUAUCAUCAUGCACGUGUUCUGCACGUACCUGGACUCCAGACUCCCACCUCACCCCAAGUAUCCUGAUGGCAAAACCUUCACUUCCCAGCACUUCAUUCAAACACCUGACAAACCAGACACUUCGAAUGAAAAUGUGUUUUGCAUCUACCAAAGCAGCAUCAACCCACCCCACUACGAGCUGAUCUACCAGCGCCACGUCUACAAUCUGCCCAAGGGCAGAAACAACAUGUUCCACACCUUGCUCAUGUUUCUGUAUAUCAUAAAGACAAAGGAAUCUGGGAUGCUGGGACGUGUAAACCUUGGCUUGUCAGGAGUCAACGUCCUGUGGAUUUUUGGAGAAUAACACCUCAUGGGAUUGCAGUUCAAACAGAUGAUGAGCUGGCUUCUGGCAAGGCAAAGUGAGCAGUGUCAUUGCCUUCUUGACUUGAACACAGACUCUGUGAAACACAACACCUUAAGCUCUGCUCUGUGAGCAGAGAAGUGUUUAUAAUUCCUGUACAGGUUCCACCAUCACGUUCUUUAAAACAUUUUGUUCUUGAAACACUCCAGGAUAUGAAUUCUGGGCAGAUUUUCUCUUUCCAUCCCUUCACCUCAGCAAACCCUGCUUAAAAAAGCCCUUUCCUGUUGGUGUUUUGUGUACCCGUUCAGUGCCAUCACUACUCCGAAGAUGAACUGUGCCAGAUGGAAAGAGAAAACUGGCUUUCUGAUUUCGGUAUUUAAGAUCUUUUUAGGUUUUUUUCCUUUUAAAAUAAGCAAGUUUGGGUGUCUUACAAGCUGUGAAACACCGUGGGCGCCUUCAGUACAACCACAGCAUCCCCCUUUGCCUUUGCUUUUUAUUAUUUUUUAUUAUAUUUUUUUUAAUCUCAUCUUACUUCUCCCAUUAGCUUUUCUCCUGGUACCCCCUCCCUCUGGAGGUCGUGCAGCCUGGCUUCAGCAUCUCUGGAUGAGACCAAACUCUGCAAACCUGGUCCUCGUUUUUGAGACACGUUUGUUUCAGAGAUGCAUUCGGUUCUUCAAAACAUUGCAUUACUUACAUUUGGUAUCUUCCAUAAAGGAAAAAAAAAAAACCACAACCAAAGCACCCUUUAACAUGGGUAGGAGGAGAGAUUUCAGAAAUGCAUGUUGCUUAAUUUUGUUAAGCGGGGAUAGAAAUUCACCACCCUGAGUUGCUGAAGCUUUUUGUGAGCUUAAGGCAGGGAUGGCACUUUGUUCCUUCUCGGCUUCCAUGGGGUCCUUUGCUACUGUCAACUGCCAAAAGCCAUUUGCACAUCUAAAGUGGGAGAACUACACAGGGCUGUGACUGGGACUGAGCAUUCCCUGCGUUUUGUUACACAUUUUUGUACUGUAUACAUCUAUUUUUUCACUCAGUUUUGUCCUACCAGCCCCAGGUGUGCACCAACACAAACUGAGGCUUUGUGAUUUGCUCAGGACAGGUGCUGUCACCUCUCUGUAAAGGGAAGAACCGAUUGUUUUGUGACUCUGUUUUGGGGGAGACAGAGAUCAUUGUUUUUUUUGUUUUUUUUUCUGAUGGCUUACAACAAAAUGGCUCAUUUGGUUGCUGCAUUAAAUGGGUUCAUCUUAGUCAA